AUGUCGCUGAUUCCCUACGCCCCAGCUGAGUCGCGGGAGAUUGUGCUGCGUCAUGGUUCUGCUGUUGUCGUCUACGACCAGCGCUCGAAACAGCUCUCCCUCCGCGAUGCCUCCCACGCGACUGAUAUCGGCUCUACGUCAUGUCCAUACUGUCACCGAUCCUACCGCGAACCAUCACCCCAUGACGAACACGACAGCGACGCGGAGGAACAUACUGCGCCUGGCAUACCCACCGAAAAUGGCUUCGUCAAUCCCGCAUACUUCCAAAUGCUGCGCCGGAGUCAGCCAGGAUCAACAGAAGGAUCGCGACCAUCUUCACCACACAAACAACUGGCGCCUGCCCCUUUGCGCAUGGGCAGCUUCGAACCGCCAGAAGGCUCUGAGUUUGUGGGAAGCACACCGAUCCAGCCAGCCAGAAGCCAGGGUAUAUCUGCCAGAGCCUUCAGUCCCAACUACUUCAAGGACUUCUUCAUAGAAGAGCGGGAGCUGGGCAGAGGAGGCAAGGGUGUGGUGUUGCUGGUGCAGCAUAUCCUGGACGGCGUGCACCUGGGCAAGUUCGCAUGCAAGCGCGUGCCAGUCGGCGACGAUCACGAAUGGCUGGAGAAGGUCUUAAUCGAGGUGCAACUACUGCAGACCCUGUCGCACGAGAACCUGGUGUCAUACCGGCAUGUAUGGCUGGAGGACUACCAGAUAUCCAGUUUCGGUCCAAGCGUACCAUGCGCAUUCAUACUGCAACAGUACUGCAACGCCGGCGAUCUCCACGAUUAUAUCCUAGACUCAAUGAAGACGUCUGUCACCAAGGAGCAGAUGAAAGAGCGACUCAGGAGGAGAUCCAAGGGCCAGUUAGAAGACCCGGAAGACGUGCAUGGGCCGCGUCGCAUGCACUUUGAAGAGAUCAUAUCCUUCUUCAAGGACAUCACAUCCGGCUUAAGUCACCUUCAUGCCAACGGCUACAUACAUCGAGACCUGAAGCCUAGCAACUGCUUGCUCCAUCGUACUGGCCGCAAGAUCAAAGUCCUAGUCAGCGAUUUCGGCGAAGUGCAGUCCGCGAAUACAGCGAGAAAUUCGACAGGAGCAACUGGAACCAUCUCGUACUGCGCCCCCGAAGUGCUUCGUCAAGAGCGACCUGGAGGUGCUUUUGGCAACUUCACAACCAAGUCUGACAUCUUUUCGCUCGGUAUGAUCGUCUACUUCAUGUGUUUUGCACGACUGCCAUACCGAAACGCGGACGGUAUCGAUGAGGACAACGAGGACCUAGAUCAGCUGAGGGCAGAGAUCUCGACUUGGGCUGGUAUCGACGACGAACAGCGGGUUCGAUCAGACUUGCCUGAAAAGCUAUACAGAUCGCUGAAGACGCUCCUCGCCAUCAACCCCGAUGAACGCCCAGGUGCAGAGGAAAUCCUGAAUGUCCUGAAAUCACCACUGGUAUUCGACGAGUACAACGCAUAUGCAGGCCCGUCGGGUCUAGACGAGUUUAGUCCUCGCAUAUCGCGAGCCGACACGCCCAGCCCGUCACCUAACCAAGGUAACAAAAAGCGUACUUCGAUCAACUACACACGGCCAGGUCGAUCGCAUCUCAGCGCAACUGUCAUGGACCGCUCGCCUAGUCCGCCACGUCCGCAGCCGAUGAGGAGGCAGUCUUCUGAGGACGGGGCGGUGAUCUUGCGGAGAAAAUUGGAGUUUCCGCCGCCCCCUUCUGGAGGGAGAACGCCAUCACCACAGCGUCUCAUGCUCCCUCCGCCGCCACCUGCGAGUGCAUCAUCAAAGUUGUACAGACUGUCAAGAAAUCCCGCUGUCAUCAGCACUACCAAGACUUUGCUGUUCUGCGCAAAGGCUUAUAGUUUGCUGUCGCCUUGUCAGCCGUUUGCGGCGGAUCCACGCGUCCUGUACCCGUUGUUGUGCAUAGCAUCACUCGACUUUUUGCAUGCGGGUAUAUCCAUCAGGGGGAGACCAGUCGACUUGGGUGGGUUGGGACGCUCAGUGAUACUUCUGCUGGCACACAUGAUGGUGCGCUCGGGCUUCGGCACCAACACGUCUCAGUUCUUUGACGACCCGGACAUUCUCAUGUCCACACAACACAACAUUGGCGAAGACACAAACACACUCCCAGCAUACCCGCACAUUCGGUCAACAGCCAAGAAGAUGAACACUUGGGCACCGUUCCGCUCCCAGCAGGUCCAGCCGGAUACAUCCAUGGUAAACAAGGAGUUCGGCGACUUUGACCACAGUAUAUCAGACGAGGAAAGCAUGGCUGUCGAACAGGCGCGAGGUAACCGCAGCAACCGCGGUACUCCCAGCAAGAUGAGCUCUCAGUUUAACAGCCUUUACGACAUCACACCCCCCACCAACCGGUCGCGCAAGUCAUACCAAGCAGAGACUGGUAGCCUUCGACGCGACGCGGCAAUCCGACGCGCCUCACGCAACGACCUUGAUACUGCAUCGCCGCGUCCUGCAAGCAAGCGCAACUCCCCCGCCCUCUCUACAAAGGAAGACCGCAAGCGUACUUCUCUCGCACAGCUGCACGCGAAGCUCUCGGAAGACGAGUCAUCGUUCAUGGAGCACCGGCCACCAACACUGACCAUGGACUCGGCCAAGAACACGCGCUGGGGCAACAGGAGCCGACAGACUUCCCUCCAAACUGACGGCAACGUCGACCCUCCGCAAUCAAAAGCUGCAUCUCGCUCCAGGCCGGCCACAGCACAGAACGCGACUGCGCAGUCUUUCAUUCUGCCCGACAUCCCCAACCUCACCGAGCUUGUCUCUGGCGUCUUCGACGAUGGCACACCAGUCUUUUCCAAGACCGCACCCUCAAGAUCACGCUUCGCUGCUCCUCCAUACGGUGGUCGCCGCCCAUCGCAUAUCCCAAUUGAUGGUGCGCCCAUACCCGACGAAGAGAAGGCCAUCUUCGCUGCCCUCCAGCAGCUACAGGAGAAGAUUGCAGACAUGGAGCGUGACCGUGAGGAGAAGGACAAGAAGAUGGAUGAACAGGAAUUGGAGCUGAUCGAGCUGAGAGCGACCACACAAGCUCAAGAGAAGCUGCGACGAAGCGACAACGCACAGGACUCUGAUGCUGGCGGAAAGAGUGGCUGGAAGGUCGAGAAGACGCGUCUUGACGCGACGGUACAAACCCUCCGAACCAAGCUUGAUCGCGCCGACCGCAAAUUCGCCGUACUCGAAAUCGAGAAGAAACGCUUGAGCACCGAACGCGACAACAUGGCGAACCAGCUGGGUGUCGCGUUCCAGACCUGCGAAGAACUUAAGACCGAGAAGAACGCAUUGAGCCACGAGAACGAGCAGCUCCGCCAGGAGAUUGACAACCUUCGCGAACAACUCGAGCAAGACCAGUCACACCACCGCGAAGAGACAACUCAGCUUCGUCAGCAGUUCGACCAAGCCGCAAACGCCACUCAGAGGGAGAACGCCAACUUAAAUGCUGAAUUGGCUCGCGUACGCGCUCAACAGGACGAGAACACCCAGCAGUUGACUCGUAGGGAUAUGGAACUGCGAAAAGCGCGUCAAGAGCAUGCUGAGUAUGCCCGUUUGAAGUCCGACCACGAGUCGCUCAAGGCUCAAUUGGCAGAGUUUAAGGCAAAGCGCGAAGAGGAGGCUCAGCGCUGGUCUCGACAAGAAGCUUCCUUGCGAGCUCAGGUUGGCCGACGCGACGACACCAUUCGACACUUCGAGGAUAUGACACAGGAACGUACCAAUGAAGCCAUGCGUCUGGACAAUGAGAACCUUCGAAACGAACUUCGCGAGCUGCAAGCUCAGCAAGAUGAGGAAAAUGAGGAGUGGGCCAGGAAAGAGGCGGAGUUACAGCGAAAGAUUCGCCAGCGUGAGAAUGCUCGCAAGGCUAGGGACAUCGAGCAGCACUUUGACGAUUCCACCGGUCCUGUUUCGAGAACUCGGGAUACAGAGCACAUCUUUGAAGAUACUCUGCAACGCAAGCCUAGCUAUCGCCGCGAAGACACACGUACGCGCAUCAGGAACCGUGUCCAGCAGGAAGUCCGCAACAGCAAGGUCGCUGGAGGACCAAACCAAGAGAGCCCGCGGAAGUCGUUCACCGGACAUUCGCGAUUCUCAACCCGUAGCGUGUCAGCACCUGUUCCCGCGGACAAGCACGCUCGCGCCGAGAGUGAUGUGGAGUCGACAACCGAUCUGUCUCUUGCACCUCGCGCAACUCUUCGCAUCUCACGAAACCCCACUUCUACGAGGCAAACCACGACCGUCCAGCCUCCUGCUGACCUAAGUCUGACAGAGCUGAGCUUUUUCCCUCAAGAAGAGAUUGCUAGGCUUCGACGAUCUCUGGAAGAACAGCGAGCUGCUGAACGCAAUGGUGCUUCAUCUGCUAGAACGGAGGAGCCAGUCCGCGAGGAUACCGUUCGAUCGCAGCGCCAGACUCGCGAGGAUACUGUUAGGUCAGUCGCUUCUGCUAAGAGCGAACGGCGACCCUCUCUUGUGCGCAAAUCGUCACUCAAGGACACCACUCAGCGCACCACCAACACUCAUUUCGAGGAAGACACUGGCAAUAUGUCGAACUUGGACGCCGACGCCGAAGCCACCCAAACAAAGCAGUCAGCCAUCGACGCGUCCAUGCUCAGCAACACCAGCCGCAGACGCCGCAGCGCUCCCACCGAGAUGACAUCCGCCUUCAUCCUCCCCGACAUCAAGCUCAGCUCCACCAACCAAACCACCACAUCCCGCAAACCCAUCAACAAAGACCACGACAACGACAACUGCACCGUGUGCCGCCGCGAAGGCUACACCACAGCCACCGGCCCCCUCCGCGUCCCCAAACUCGUCUCCGUAUCCACGCGCACAGCCGACGAACCCGAUUCAACCCUCCGUCCCGCACAAUCCCCGCGCGAAGCCCUCGCCCUCGUCGUCAAAGGCCUAAAAGACGAGCGCGUCCACCUCUGGGCCGAGCUCGCCGUCCAGGGCGCCCUCCUCGAGCAACACGACCCCAGCCUGGGUAAGCGCCGCCGCGACGCGCUCAACGCCUCGAUCCAAGACCUGCACCGCCGUCUCGAAUGGCUCGACAUGCAGAUCUACCGCCUCCACGACGUGCUCGAAGGCCAAAAAGCUGAUGAGUUAACCGAAGCGGAAUUCGACGACCUCACACAAGAAGUCCUUGUUCAACAGUCUGAACAAGAGCAAGAGGACGGUAACACGGAGAAAUCGGUGCCUACUGGUGGAAAGAAGAAGGCGAAAAAAGUUACGAUUCGCAGCUUUGUCGAUGAGGAUGAGGAUGAGAGUGUGGAGUUGAGGCGUAGUGCGGCGCAACAGGAUCACGGGGCGGAGGAGAGUGGUGAUGAGACGCAUGAGCUUCCUUGGGAAGGGUUUGGGGAGGAGAGUAUGGAGGGGGAUGUUAGUUUUAAUGCGCUGGAGGGGUGGAGGGCUAGUGUGCAUUGA